AGUCAGGACACAACUGUCAAAGACAAGCCGUUUUAACGUAUACAAUCGUCAGAUUAUGUACACCGACAGUUCUACUUUCUUGUUACUUUUUAUAUCAAGAAAACAUACCUGAUAUCGGUAAUAGAACAGUCGAUAUCAGAAACUGAGCAUUACACGUUCAAAAGGUUUACCAUGCCGUGCUACGAAAAUAAAAAGUCCCUCCACUGCAUUACUGAUUUUAAAUAAAGUUUGUGUGACUCAACCUUCGACCGAAAAUGGCGGCGCCCUGGUCCACAAUGAAGUUCUGGAAACCUGGAACGGAAGGUCCAGGUCUCGGUCUCAGUGAGGAACGCGAGGGGACUGCAGAGGUCGGCGGCUCUAUAGUCUACAACCCUUAUGCCUCACUGUCCAUCGAGAAACAGAGGCAGAAGCUUCCCGUGUUCAAGCACAGAAAUUACAUCCUGUACCUGUUGGAAAACUAUCAAACUGUGGUGAUCGUUGGAGAAACAGGAUGUGGGAAAAGCACUCAGAUUCCUCAGUAUCUCCUGGAGGCUGGAUGGGCUGCAGAGGGGAAAGUGGUGGGAGUGACCCAGCCACGAAGGGUGGCUGCAGUCUCUGUGGCUGGCCGUGUGGCCGAGGAAAGAGGGGCAUUGCUGGGCCAUGAGGUUGGAUACACAAUACGGUUUGAUGAUUGUUCUGAUGCCCAUGCCACACGCAUCAAGUUCCUGACUGAUGGAAUGCUGGUGAGAGAAAUGAUGGCGGAUCCUUUAUUAAAGAAAUACAGUGUCCUGAUGCUUGAUGAGGCUCAUGAACGAACCCUCUACACAGACAUCGCUGUCGGACUUCUCAAGAAGAUUCAGAAGAAACGCGGAGAUCUGCGACUCAUUGUGGCGUCAGCUACUCUAGAUGCUGAGCAAUUUCGGGAUUUCUUUAACCUGAAUGAGUCUGGAAACCCCAGUAAGGAUACCUGUGGGAUUCUAACAGUGGAAGGGAGGUCAUUCCCUGUGGAUGUCUUUUAUACAAUAAGCCCAGUUCCUGACUAUGUGAAGGCCACAGUGGAGACGGUGAUGAAGAUCCACGAGUCUGAAGGAGAUGGGGACGUCCUGGCAUUCCUCACUGGGCAGGAGGAGGUGGAGACAGUGGUGUCCAUGCUGGUAGAGCAGUCCCGGGCCCUGUCCCGCUCGGGGAUGAAGAAGCACCUACGAGCUCUUCCCAUGUACGCCGGCCUGCCCUACUCUGAGCAGAUGAAGGUUUUCGAGAGGGUGCCCCAUACUGUGCGCAAGGUGGUUGUUGCCACCAACAUUGCAGAGACCUCCAUCACUAUAAACGGCGUGGUGUUCGUCAUUGACUGCGGGUUUGUGAAGCUGAGGGCCUACAAUCCCAAAACAGCCAUCGAGUCCCUGGUAGUGGCUCCUGUCUCCCAGGCAUCGGCCAGUCAGAGAGCAGGAAGAGGCGGCAGAAACCGGGCCGGGAAGUGUUACCGGCUGUACACAGAAGAAGACUUUGAAAAGUUACCCCUGUCGACAGUCCCCGAGAUGCAGCGCACUAACUUGGCCCCCGUGAUCCUGCAGCUGAAAGCCCUGGGGAUAGACAACGUUCUGAGGUUCAGCUUCCUGUCUCCUCCCCCUGCCCAGUCCAUGGUACAGGCUCUGGAACUGCUCCUUGCACUUGGAGGGUUGGAUGAGCAAGGCCGACUGACUGAGCCACUGGGAAUGCGGAUGGCUGAAUUCCCCCUCAUUCCCAUGUUUGCGAAGAUGUUACUGGAAUCGGGGAGUUUCGGCUGCUCUGAAGAGAUUGUGACCAUCGCAGCCAUGAUGCAGAUCCAGAACGUGUUCGUCUCUCCUCCCAGCCAGAAGAAGGCAGCUGCCAGGAAGCACAGGAAGUUUGCCGUGGCAGAAGGGGACCAUCUGACCAUGCUGAAUGUUUAUGAAGCCUUCGUUAAGAAUCACAGGAGCUCGCAGUGGUGCCAGGAACACUUCCUCAACUACAAAGGGCUGCAGAGAGCUGCAGCUGUGAGGGAGCAGCUCUGGAGACUGCUGAUCAAGUUCAGAGUCCCCAAGAAGUCCAGCGAAGGUGACCCGGAGGUUAUUCUGCGCUGCAUCGUCUCGGGGUUCUUUGCCAACGCGGCCAGGCUUCACCAUUCAGGGGCGUACAGGACGCUUCGAGAUGACCAUGAGCUGCAUAUUCAUCCCACCUCUGUGCUCUACGCUGAGAAGCCACCUAAAUGGGUAGUGUACAACGAGGUGGUGCAGACAUCCAGGCACUUCCUGCGGGACGUGUCUGCAAUAGAGUCCUCUUGGCUGGUGGAACUGGCCCCUCAUUUUUACCGGAGGGGAACGCAUUCAUCGGGUUCAAAGAGAACAAAAGUAGUUUGAGCAAAGACUGAGACUGCCUGGCCCAUACAGGUCACUACUGUAGAGGGCAUUAAGCAACAGAACUGCUGCAGGAUGGGACACGGAAACAUGUGAGGGGACCCGGGCCAGGCGAACCAAAGAGUGAACACUGUGUUAAAAAAAAAAAAAAAAAAACGCUAGGUUGUCCCUGUACUCCAUGUCAGGGAAGCACUUGAUGAAGCUGUGCUCAUUCACUGUAUUGAGUGUGAUCUACGCUGACAUGGAGAUGUUUGAAAACAGCAAGCAGAGAACUGCUUCCUUGACAAGCGAGUCAAGGGAGAACCUUAACACUGUGCUGCUGCCCUUGCUUACCCUCUGGGUAUUGCUCUAUAUAUUCCUCCAUUGCUCCAUUUUCAGAAUGUUUUGACUAGCCAGUGUGUUUAAUUAGAGAGACAUGAGUUGUCACUUCUGAAACCUGCUUGCUAUUAGGUCGCUCUGU